GCUGCUUCCUGACUGAAGACUCCCCCCUCCUCCCCCCGUUUCCCUUGCAGUCGCCUUAAAUAGGCCGGGCCGGGCGGUCUAGCGGCAGAGAGCUCCGGCUGCGUGGUUGGGGGUGGCCGCUGCUGCAGGAGACGUCGUGACAGUGAAGGCAGAUUUCAGCAUAAAGGACAAGGGAAAUAAAUCGCAAUGCAAGCUCAUGAAUUGUUCAGGCAUCUGCGAAUGCCAGAACUGGGUGACGUGAGGCAGUAUGUGCGAACUCUUCCAACAAACACAUUGAUGGGAUUCGGUGCUUUUGCAGCACUCACAACUUACUGGUAUGCUACAAGACCAAAAGCUCUGAAACCACCAUGCGACUUAGCAAUGCAGUCAGUGGAGGUGGAGGGUGAAGAGCAUGCCCGAAGAUCAUCACUACUUGACAGUGACGAACCAAUAAUUUACUACUAUGAUGAUGUGAGAACAGUUUAUGAUGUCUUCCAAAGAGGAAUACAUGUGUCAAACAAUGGGCCCUGCUUGGGAGUCAGGAAACCAAAUGAACCAUAUGAAUGGAUGACUUACAAAGAGGUUGCGGAAAGAGCAGAGUGUAUUGGUUCUGCACUAGUGAACAAAGGCUUCAAGCCAUCUUCGGAUCAAUUCAUAGGACUUUUUUCACAGAACAGACCAGAGUGGGUUAUUAUUGAACAAGGAUGUUACACUUACUCUUUGGUGCCUGUCCCCCUGUAUGACACUCUUGGAGAAGAAGCUAUCACCUUCAUUGUAAAUAAAGCUGAUAUUGCUUUGGUUUUUUGUGAUAAACCCGAAAAAGCUAAACUUCUUCUGGAUAGCAUUGAGAAGGGAGAAAUAUCAGUACUCAAAACCGUUGUGAUUAUGGAUCCCUUUGACAGUGAUCUUGUGGCUCGUGGAAAGAAAUACGGAGUGGAUAUCAUUAGUAUGAAAGAAAUGGAGGUGUUGGGAAGAGCUCGCAAGCACAAGCCUGUAGUUCCAAAACCGGAAGACCUAGCCAUAAUCUGUUUCACCAGUGGAACCACAGGGAACCCCAAAGGAGCAAUGAUUACUCACCAAAAUAUAGUGAGCAAUAUGUCAGCAUUUGUGAAAGCUACAGAGAGUGGCUUUACACUGAAUCCCAGUGACACACACAUUUCCUAUUUGCCUCUGGCACAUAUUUAUGAAAAAGUAGUCCAGUGUGUGAUACUCUGCCAUGGAGCACGGAUAGGAUUUUUUCAGGGAGACAUCAAGCUGCUUAUGGAUGACUUAAAAACUUUGCAGCCCACAGUAUUUCCAGUUGUGCCAAGGCUGCUGAAUAGAAUGUUUGACAAAAUCUUUAGCCAAGCAAACACUUCCUUUAAGCGGUGGAUAUUGGAUUUUGCUUCCAAGAGGAAAGAAGCAGAACUUAGGAGUGGCAUAAUUAGAAAUAACAGCCUGUGGGAUAAAAUGAUUUUCCGUAAAAUACAGGCGAAUCUGGGUGGCAAAGUCAGGCUUAUGAUUACAGGAGCAGCUCCUGUUUCGGCAAACGUGCUGACAUUCCUAAGAGCAGCCCUUGGCUGUCAGUUCUACGAAGGCUAUGGACAGACAGAAUGUACUGCUGGGUGCUCCUUGACAUUACCUGGUGACUGGACAGCCGGUCACGUCGGUUCCCCAAUGCCUUGCAAUUUCCUAAAGCUUGUUGAUGUAGAAGAAAUGAAUUAUUUUGCAGCCAAAGGAGAGGGUGAGGUUUGCGUAAAAGGGCCAAAUGUAUUCAAAGGCUACUUGAAGGACCCUGAAAAGACCGCAGAAGCUCUCGACAAAGAUGGCUGGUUACACACUGGAGAUGUUGGUAAAUGGUUACCGAAUGGUACCCUGAAGAUCAUUGACAGGAAAAAACACAUAUUUAAACUUGCACAGGGAGAAUAUAUAGCACCAGAAAAAAUAGAAAACAUCUAUUCGAGGAGUGAACCUGUUGCUCAAGUUUUUGUCCAUGGUGAAAGCUUGCAGGCUUUCUUAAUAGCAAUUGUCGUUCCGGAUCCAGAUGUAUUAUCUGGCUGGGCUAAGAAAAAAGGAUUAACAGGAUCAUAUGAAGAACUAUGCAAAAACAAAGACAUCAAAAAUUACAUUCUAGAAGACAUGCUGAAUGUUGGAAAAGAAUCUGGAUUAAAGUCAUUUGAACAGGUCAAAGGCAUUGCCCUUCAGCCGGAAAUGUUUUCCAUCGAGAACGGCCUGCUCACACCGACAUUAAAGGCGAAAAGACCCGAACUCCGCAAAUACUUCCAGUCCCAGAUAGAAGAACUCUAUGCUAGUAACAAGAUGUAACCGAUUUUUUAAAAAAAUGAAAAAAAACUGUUGGAGAGAAUAGCAUUUGCUAUUGACCUUCAUAUCAAGAAACUGAUCACAACCAACAUAGGGAAGAGAACUGUGCAAUCAUUAACUCGUACGCUUAGGGGUACUCAACAUAGGAGAAACCGACGAAAAAAAAUGGAACACUGCCUUACUGUCCAUUUUUGUGUUGCAGACCAUUUUUAUAGUGACAUACAACUUCCUCAAUGCGCCUUAAAACUGUAAAUGGUAUCUAUAUGAUUUGUAAAUUAUUUAAGAUUUCUUCAGCCAAAAAUGUGACUCUUUCCAAGGCAUGUAAAGGAAUUAUGUGUAUCGCUAGAACAUUCAUGUCUUUUAAGGAUAUUGUACAGCUAGUGGUGGAUUCCUAAAAGAUUUGCCAUAUGGAAAUGUUUAGGUUUUAUCAUGAAAGAGGGAUGCUUCCAAAGGAGUGCCCCAGAUCGGUGUUGAAUCUUGAACUCAGGCAAAAUUCUGCCUGCCUUGUUCUUUGUGGAUGACUUGGAAGCUUUAUUUUAAUUUCUGUGUAUCAAUGAACCAGCCACAGGGUGGAUGAUCGGGUAUUUUAACUUUAGGAUUAGGUGGACAAUGUCAUGUGCCCUAAGGAACUGAGGCGAAGCUGCCCCGUGCGCUUUAUAACCUCUAAAGGAAUUGGGCCGUAGUCAUGGCAUGCUAUAGGGAAUGCAUGUGGAUGUUGAUGGAAUUCCAGUAUAGGGGUCACUAGACCCCCAUUUUGCCCCAGGUUGCCAUCAUAGAGCAGACCUGGCUUCUUAUCACUUCAUUUACUGGCUUUUGUACAAAAUCUGCCUCUCAUCCAUUCAAUAGAGAACUGAAAACAUACAAGUAAGUACCUCAAAUGGAACUGGUAGCAUGAGAAAAUGAGUAUGUAGUAAGUACAUACAGGAGGCAGAACGUGGGAUGUGGUUUAGCGUUGGACAUGUUUUCACCGUAAAUGGGGAAGGAGACCGGAGUUACCAUGUAUCUAUAAAAGGGGAAGGGGAUGGACUUGAAAUGCCUCGUAGUAACCCAUGCUUGAGUUUUUUCCCCCAACACCGCAGUAAUUAAUUUCUGUCAGAUAUAUGUAAACAAGCACAACUGAGUUUGCACUAAAGAUUGUGUGAUUGUAACGCACUACCCAGCUGCAUAAUUUCAUCCCCGUGUACCCCUAAUUGCACAACAGUAUCCAAGCUAAUCCUCCCAAGUAUUAAGUCACUUGUUACAUUGGAAUUCAAAUGUUUGCUUAGUGUCGGCUAUUUCUAUAUUUUAUAAACCAAAAUUUCCAGAAAACCAAUGAAGGAAACCAAAAUAAAUAUUUCUGCUUUUAAUCUGCGUAAA